GAAUACGCUGCUCCGUACAGCGGUGGUUCGUCCUUCCCGCCCCCUGCCUGCCCGCUCUCCUCAGUGGCGAUCGUCCAUUUCUUCUUUCCCUGUAGCGUUAGCAGACCAAGCGAACCAACCCAGACAGAUAUGGCUGACCAACUAACAGAAGAGCAGAUUGCCGAGUUCAAGGAGGCCUUCUCCCUGUUUGAUAAAGACGGAGAUGGGACCAUCACCACCAAGGAGCUGGGCACGGUCAUGAGGUCGCUGGGUCAGAACCCCACCGAGGCAGAGCUCCAAGACAUGAUCAACGAGGUGGAUGCUGACGGUAACGGGACCAUCGACUUCCCUGAGUUCCUGACCAUGAUGGCAAGGAAGAUGAAAGACACGGACAGCGAGGAGGAGAUCAGGGAGGCGUUCAGAGUCUUUGAUAAGGAUGGCAACGGUUACAUCAGUGCAGCCGAGCUGCGUCACGUGAUGACCAACCUGGGAGAAAAGCUGACGGAUGAGGAAGUAGACGAGAUGAUCAGAGAAGCCGACAUCGAUGGAGACGGACAGGUCAACUAUGAAGAGUUUGUUCAGAUGAUGACCGCCAAAUGAACUGGGCUCACCCUCAAGACAAACAAUCAGUCUAAUGUUUCACUUACCUCUUAUUGCAAAAAUCUACAUUUAAUCUUGUUCUGUAUAGACAACUUAAACUGAAUGUUGGAAAACUGAAAACCUGUCCAUAUAAACAAGCUCAAAAAAGGCAAAAGUCAAAAACAGAAGAAAAAAAAAACAACCC